AUGGCAUUCACUGCAUACGCCGAGGAGCAUUUGCGCCCAAACGGGCCCAGCGAUGCGCGCCCUACCGCACUCCGAGUUGUCCGUGAUCUGAAGCUCGACGGAAAGCUAGAAGGACGAGUGUUCGUUGUUACAGGCGGCACCUCUGGCAUCGGCUACCAAGUCGCGCGGGCAAUACAUGCCACUGGUGCCGACCUCUACAUUACCGGCCGCGACUCUAACAAAGGUGAGUUAGUUGCGACCGAGCUUGUUGAAGAUGGACGACCCGGUAGAGUGGUUUUUGUUCAGAUCGAACUAGACUCUCUUGCAAGUGUUCGAGAUGGAGCUGCCGAAAUUCUGGAAAAGUCUGGUGGAAAAGUCAAUGUGCUCAUUAACAAUGCUGGUAUCAUGAUGUGUCCCUAUGAAAAGACUAAGGAUGGUUUUGAGUCUCAGUUUGGUAUCAAUCAUCUCGGCCACUUCCAACUUUUUUACAAGCUCAAGUCAGCAUUGCUUUCCAGCGCGACACCAGAAUACGCAUCUCGUGUCGUCAAUCUCACGUCGUCGGGACACCGGCUGGCCCCCCUUGAUACAGACGACUAUAACAUCACGAAGGACUAUACCCCAUUCAAAGGCUAUGGCGCUUCCAAGACAGCCAAUAUCUAUUUCAGUAAUGAGAUUGAGCGCCGCUACGGAUCUCAACACCUGAACGCUUACUCCACCCAUCCCGGAAUGGCAAACACCAACAUUGGACAGUACUUGGAUCCGGAAACAGCCAAAGCCUUUUCGAGUUUUCCAGGAGCAAAACAGAUUACUAAGGAAGCAGCUCAAGGUGCCGCAGUGCCCGUACUCGCGGCUUUGUCCCAGGAGCUGGAAGGUAAAGGCGGCCUUUACCUUGAGGACUGUCGGCAAUCUGGACGGGCUGAAGGUGUCAACCCAAUCGAGCACCCAUACGGCUACGCCUCCUGGAUCGAAGACGAGGAGAGCCAACGGAAGCUAUGGGUCGAUAGUCUGGCUUUGGUUGGCGGCAAGGAUGACUAG